CUCGGCUAUAGCCAUCGCCAUAGCCAUAGCCAUCUGUCGCCAUAGCCAUAGCCAUCUGUCGCCCUACCCGGCGCUCCGUUGCGCUCACUCUUGCUGCUUGCCUUUUGUUGUUUUGUGUUUUUUUAUAUAUAUUUUUUGUAGUUUUCCCCCUCUCUCUCCCAGUAGCUUCAUCGCCUCUUCCUGCUCCCCGAUUCUUACCAUUUUCAAAUGAGCUGGAUGUGUCGCGGGCGCUUGUUUUGACCUUUCGAAUCGCUGUAGGUAUAUUGAUAAUAUGUCCAUUAGGGUUUGAGUCUUGAAUGCCACUGUGAUUUUGCUGCACACAGUCCGCCCAGGGAGCGUGUUGAGGUGAAAUGAGGGGGUAGAGUUCGCUCGUUCGUUCUUCUUCUUAUUUCAUUCUAGAAUUUGGAGCUGGAAGGAUCGGAGCUGUGCGAGGACGGAGGAGGUUAAUCAGUUUGCAAAGGGACGUGAUGGAUGAGCGAUGAUGAUGGACGGAGGCUUAGGCUAGAGGACAUGCAGUGGAAGAUCGAAACCAGUUGGUCUACGGUGUCUUGUUUUUGCCGCAAGCAAAAAGUUGUACUCUAGAAAAAAAAAAAAAAAAAAAAAAAAAAAAAAAAAAAAAAGAAAAAAGAGGUUGGGAUCUUCAUCUGUUCGAUCUUCGGAAGGAGCGAUCAGUUUCACAAUGGGGACCAGAUUGAGCAAUCAAGGGACGCCUACAUAGCUAGGCUGUUGUAGCAAUCAGCAUGUUUCGGGACGCGCGAUGCUUUCAUCUUUGAAUUAUUUUGGGCGUACAGAUUCAUGCGAGAAGUGGGACAUGAUUCGGUCCAUUCGGGCUUGUAAAACAGCAGCUGAGGAGAGAAGUGUUGUGGCAAAAGAGUGUGCAGUACUCCGAAAUGCUUUUAAAGAUAAUGAUCAGGAUUAUCGGCAUCGCAAUGUUGCGAAGUUAAUGUUCAUUCACAUGUUGGGCUAUCCCACUCACUUUGGUCAGAUGGAAUGCAUCAAGUUGAUUGCUGCAGGAAGCUUCCCGGAGAAAAGAAUUGGUUACUUAGGUCUUAUGUUGCUUCUUGACGAGCGUCAGGAGGUGCUGAUGUUAGUGACGAAUUCUUUGAAAAAUGACUUGAGUCACACAAACCAGUUCAUUGUGGGAUUGGCUCUUUGUGCACUUGGCAACAUUUGUACUGCUGAAAUGGCAAGGGAUCUUGCUCCUGAAGUGGAAAAACUUCUACACAGCAGCAAUUCUUACAUUCGUAAGAAGGCAGCCUUGUGCUCUGUGAGGAUUAUUCGCAAGGUACCGGACCUUGUUGAGUACAUGACGGUUCCAGCUACAGGACUUCUAACAGACAAACAUCAUGGUGUUCUGGUAGCAGGAGUGAAGCUUUGCACAGAGCUUUGUCAAGCCAACGAGCUAGCUCUUCAACAUUUUAGGAAACACGUAAGCUCAAUGGUUCGGGUGUUAAAAACCGUGGUGGUCAGUAGUUACGCUCCCGAGUAUGAUGUUCACGGGAUUACGGACCCCUUUCUACAAAUCAGGCUUCUUAGAUUGCUGCGUUUGCUCGGGAAAGGUGAUGCUGAUUCCAGUGAUGUUAUGAGUGAUAUACUUGCUCAGGUUGCAACAAAUACAGAGGGCAACAAAAAUGCAGGGAACGCAAUUUUGUACGAGUGUGUGCAGACAAUCAUGGCUAUAGAGUCUAUUGGGGGCCUUCGUGUGCUUGCUGUUAAUAUUUUGGGACGCUUCUUGGCAAACCGUGAUAAUAAUAUAAGAUACGUUGCACUUAAUACACUUGUCAAAGUGGUAUCAGUCGAUACGCUAGCAGUUCAGCGGCAUCGUGCUACGAUUGUUGAAUGUGUUAAGGACUCGGAUGUCUCUAUUCGGAGGCGAGCUCUGGAGCUUGUCUGUGCAUUGGUUAACGAGACCAACGUCAAGGUCUUGACGAAGGAAUUAGUUGAGUAUCUCAAAGUCAGCGAUCCUGAGUUUAAGGGAGAUCUUACUGCAAAGAUUUCCGGACUUGUUCAAAGAUUUUCACCGAACAAGCAGUGGUAUAUCGACCAGAUGAUUUUACUUAUGGUUGAGGCUGGGAAAUAUGUUACAAGUGACGUGACAAGAUCUUUAGUGGUUGUUAUAAGUAAUGCAAACGAUCUCCACGGUUAUACGGUGCGAACUCUUUAUCGAGUUUUUCAAGCGUGGGGAGGACAGGAAAGUCUUGGACAAGUCACUGUUUGGUGUAUUGGUGAGUAUGGAGAGAUGCUGGUCAACAAUACAAAUGAGGUGGAAGGCGAAGACCCUAUCACUGUCACAGAAUCAGAUGCGGUGGAUGUUGUUGAGAUUGUUUUGAAAGAUCCAAGGGUUACAUCUACUACAGUUGCAUUUGCACUUACGGCGCUCCUUAAACUCUCAUCUCGUUUUCCUGAAUGUUCAGAGCGCAUCAAGGUCUUGAUCUUGGAGCACAAAAGGAGUCUGGUACUGGAGCUGCAACAGCGUGCCAUUGAGUUUGGAUCGAUUCUUACCAAGCACAAUGACAUCAAGUCAGCACUUGUGGAGAGAAUGCCGGUCUUAGAUGAAGCGACAUAUACCGCCAAGUAUGAAAUGGGCGUUGAUAGUCAACAUACUACGACUACUACUGUGACUUCGGAGCCCCAUGCUAAUGGGCAUGUCAAACAAACUAAUGGAAUCGGAAAACAACCUGAUGCUACUAGUAACCUAAUGGAUCUGCUCAGCUUUACUGAUACACAGCCACCCUCUCCGUUAAAAUCUUCAGGAGAUGCUUUGUUGGAUCUCCUUGGUGGUGGUGGGCCUAUGGAUGCUCCCAGUUCUCUUCCUUCUUCGGGAGGGACAGAUAUGUUAUUGGACCUUCUGUCCUUGGAUGACGGCCCAUCGCCCCCUGCAUCUACUGCCACCACCUCACUGGCAGGCCUACUAGAUGUUGAUCCAGUUGUGAUUAAUUCAUCAGGUGAUCUCCCUCGUAAUGGAGGUGCUACCAAAGGUCCCUCUGCAGCAGUAGAUCCCUUUUCAGAUCUCGCAGCUUCAGCAAUGGCUGCUCCCUCUCCUGCUCCUGGGAUUCCAUCGAUUGUUGCUUUGCAAACAAGUAGGUUAAAGAUUACAUUCGACUUCACUAAACCACCUGGGUCUCCUCAAAUGACUGUGAUUAAAGCCUGCUACAGUAACUUGUCAUCAAAUCUUCUCACAGAUUUUGUCUUUCAAGCAGCAGUUCCAAAGUUCAUUCAACUGCAAUUGGAUCCCGCUACUGGUGGUAGUCUUCCUGCUUACUCGAACAACUCGGUCACACAAGUGAUCAGACUCACCAAUAACAUGCAUGGACAGAAAGCUUUGGUGAUGAAGUUGAGAGUAAGCUACAAGGUAAAUGGACAAAAUGUGUUGGACCAAGGGCAAGUUAAUAAUUUCCCAGCAGGUUUGUAGGAGGUUCUUACUACUGUUACCAGUCCGUGGUAGGUCAUAUGUCUGCUGGCAGGGUUUUCUUUCUCUUUUUAUUUUUUCUUCUGUUCUCAGCUGGAUAUAUUGUGAUCUACAGUAGUGAAGGCUGAGCAAUCACCAAUUUAUUUUAUCUCUAGAGAAGGGUAGUUGGGGGCAGUGUAGAUAGGUGUUUCAGAGUAUCAUUGGAAGUUUGUAGAUGUCCUUCCUAGACCCAUGAUAAGGUAGAAGCAGUUUCUUGUAUUGUUUACAAACACUAGGGAUUCUGUAGACUGCUAUCAGUCAGCAGUUUUGGUUAAAUCAUUAGGAAGAACUUUAAUUUAUUCACAUGCUAACACCAACCAAGCACAGUGCCAGAGACGUAAUUGAGACAGUACCAAUAUGCACAAUCGUAGGAGCGAUUGUUAGGUCUAACUUAUCAUGCUGGGUUUGGUCUCCAAUCCAAUGUGGGCUUGUAGAAUUGUCUGUUUAUCGAAGAUGCUAGUUUUUACUGUUGGAGCUGAGAACUGAGCAUUAUUUCUGUUUUUAUCAUGUAAAGCUCUUUGUUCACUCAAA